CCAUGUACAAACAAAAUUACACGUGUCGGUUUUUCUACUUUCUGUUUACGGCCAUUUUUAAACAUAAAAUUUUGAACUUUACUGUAUGGCUCCUUAAUUAAUCAAUUUAAGGACUAAUUCAAAGACGUUGCCAUGACCUCUGUCAAGUGUCUGAUCGUCUUGAUUCUUCUAAUCACUGUGGCGUGGACCAGCAAGGGUGAUGGUGAUCUAGAUGCCAGCAAAUCGUGUGCUGCUGAAGGAGGAUGCCCUGGGGGAGCAGAGCAAGAUGAGACCACCGUGAAGAUUCCAGAAGAUUUACCAUUAAAGAUGAAAACAUCUUUUCAUACGAUUGCGGCAGUGGAAGUGUAUAGGGCUUUACGAGCAGUAGCACAAUCGUUGGAAUUUGCGUACUUAAGUUUAGCCGACCACCCUGAACAGUCGAAAAAGGUUCGCAUGACGGCAGCUACAGCACAAAUGCUCCACCUCCAGUCGGCAGAAUUGAUGGAUAAAUUUUCAGUCACCUCAGCGCAUAUAGUCGAAACUAUGAUACCUAUUAUUUUAGAUGCUGUUUUGGACCUAAAGGACGAAGAGCUCGUAAAAGAUGCUUUAGACAUGAUAAUAGAACAAGCUGAGGAUAUGAAACAAGAAGCCGAAAAAAUGAGAGACGGUUACAAAGACGCCUAUACAGGUCUUCAAGAAAAUAUUGGUGAUGUGCUUAUUUGGAACCAGCAUGUUGACAACGAAAAGAAACGUCUUAAGGAAGAUAUGGAAACCGAAAAAAAUAAUUUACGAGCUGCUAAACGGGCACAAGAGGAAUUGGACGAGGAAAAGCAGGCAAUCGAUAACAAUCUAGAAAUGUUACAAUCAGAUAGAGCAAUGUUUAGAGAACAAGCCGGAAUGGCUGGUGGAAACAUGGCAGCUAAUGGUAACGAUGGGUUCAUUGAAGGUAUGAAAGUAGGAGCAUCAGUCGCCGGUGGUAUCGGAGCAUUUGUAGGCGGAGUUUUAGGCGGGAUAAGUGAUCUUUUUAAUCGAGACAAACGGAUGGAAGAGUUCAAAGUAUUGAUGGGAGCAUACAUGGAGGCACAGCGGGCGGUUGAGCGUGGUUUUGACAGGAAAAGGAAUGUUUUAAGUCGAAUCCAUGAGCAGCGUACACUUGCAUAUAAACAUUUAGGCGAUUUAAAAAAGUUAGCAAUACAAGACGCAAAUUAUGGCGAUGUGAAGAUGAUUCAGAAUGCCCUAGACCAGCUGAAAACAGCUCAGAUAGAAUUUACACGGAUUAUCCAGCACUGGUCUGCCAUAGUUACAACACUGAGUGUUCUAAAAUCCAACUCUAAACCUGGAAAACUGUUCCUAAAGAAAAUUGAAGAUCCAAAAUAUGUUGAAAGAUUUCAGACAACACUGGAACAUGAAAAACAGGGAUGGGCAUUUUUUAGGAAUAUUUGCGAUUCUUUCGUGAGAUCUAGCAGACGAGAUAUUUACGAGUUGUACAAAUUCCUGUCAGCGGAUAUAGAUAGAAUGGCUGCAUCGAAACGAUCUGAACGUCAACAAGAAAUACUGAAAGAAUACGAGAGUGACAUUGAGAUUACUUUUCCUGUAUUGAAAUAAGACAACUUUUCCUGUAUUGAAAUAAGACAACUUUUCCUGUAUUGAAAUAAGACACAUUUACUGUAUUGAAAUAAGACAACUUUUUCUGUAAUUGAAAUUAGACUAAGAUAUACUAUACUCACCUUUAGGUAAAAUAAUUUUAUCACAGAAUUUGUUGAAAUCUAUGAAAUUUUUACUAUAUCUUGUCUAAUUUGGAUAAAAGAAUGUGCAAACUAUGUAUGGGAAGCUGCAUUCUCUAAUACAGGUGAAGUAAAGUUGGUCCUUU